AUGGACUCAGACGAGUCCCCUGACGAGAUCAAAGUCCUAGUCACCGGCUUUGGCCCUUUCCGCGAAGAAUACCCGCGUAACCCAUCCUCUCUCAUCGCACAUUCCCUGCCUUCGACCAUCACUAUUCCCAUCACUGGCACAUCUAACACCUUAUCCAAAGACCAUGAAUCGUCACCAAGAAUGUUGACCAUUCGACUCAUACCCUAUCCCGAACCGAUCCACGUCUCCUUUCUUACCGUCCGCAAACUCAUCCCAGCCAUCUAUUCUUCUCCCUCCUCCCCAUCUUACGACCCCUCGUACGCUCAAUGCUCGUACAUUCUACAUAUCGGAAUGUCCAACAAUGCGAACGAGUAUAGAGUGGAGAGACAAGGUCAUAGAGACGGGUACGAUGUCAACGCAAAGAAGGGCACUCCGACGUUAGAUGUGGAUGGGAGAACGCUUAGAGAAUGCGAGGAAGAGAUGGGAUUGGCGGAGGGAGAAUAUUGGAGGGGAUGCCCGGAGAUCGUCCAGUCGACCUUGGACGUGGAUGAUAUUAUCGAGAGGAUGCAUCGUUCUAGCGCACGGCAAGGUGAGAAGGGGCUGCCGGAGGGGAUAAGUGUUAGAGCAUCAGACAACGCGGGGUUCUAUCUCUGUGACUUCAUCUAUUAUUCAUCGUUAUCGCAUUUAUGGAGGAAGAAUGGGGAUGAGGGAGAGAGACCGGUCGUGUUUCUACAUGUGCCACCGGAGAGCGACGAGGACGUGUUGGACAAGGGGAGGAAGGUGGCAUUGGCGUUGAUUAGGGCAAUGGUGAUGAGUGGGAGGUGCUAA